ACGGGAAUUAAGGCCACAUUGACUAUGAAACCUGACAGUGUUCCAAAGUUUUGCCCACCACGUAAUGUACCAUAUGCUCUUCGACCACGAGUCGAGGCUGAACUAAAGCGUCUGACAGAACUUGGAGUGAUCUCACCCGUGGAGCACAGUGAUUGGGCCACGCCCGUGGUGCCUGUCAGCAAAAAGGAUGGCACAGUAAGGCUCUGUGGAGAUUUCAAGAUCACCAUCAACCCAUCUCUGUGCGUGGAUAAGUAUCCGAUUCCACGCAUUGAGGAUCUUUUUGCCUCUCUAGCAGGAGGCCAACACUUUAGUAAGCUAGACUUAUCAAACGCUUAUCUACAGAUGGAGGUAGAAGAGAAGUCUAGGGAGCUGCUGACUAUUUCGACGCAAAAAGGGUUAUUCCGUUUUAAUCGUUUACCGUUUGGGGUAGCUUCAUCACCCGCCUUAUUUCAAAAGGCUAUGGACCAAGUGCUUCUCGGACUGCCGUAUACACAUUGCUACCUGGACGACAUACUGAUUAGUGGUCCAGACGAAAUGACACACCUAAAAACUCUGGAUGCAGUCCUGGGCAGGCUAGUGGAACACGGUCUGCAUCUCAAGUCUGAGAAGUGCCUGUUUUUCCAGGAGUCUGUGGAAUACUUAGGGCAUAUCAUUGACGCAGAGGGACUCCACAAAUCACCAGAGAAGGUACGUGCUAUUGUGGAAGCACCUGCACCUGGGGAUGUCAGUCAGCUACGUUCGUUCUUAGGAAUGCUGAACUAUUAUGGACGUUUCAUUCCCGAUUUAGCUACUAUCAUGAAACCACUGAAUGAUCUGCUAAAUAAAGGGAAGAAAUGGCAGUGGACGUCAGCCUGUGAGUCAGCGUUCCAGACAUCAAAAGCUUUACUGGUUUCACAGGAAGUAUUGACCCACUACAAUCCUAAACUGCCCCUCCAGCUCGCAUGUGAUGCUUCGCCCUACGGGGUUGGCGCUGUGCUCUCGCACAUCAUGCCUGAUAAUGAGGAGAGACCGAUAGCCUAUGCAUCACGAGCGCUCAGCAAAGCGGAACAAAACUAUGCUCAUAUUGAGAAGGAGGCGCUAGCGAUAGUUUUUGGAAUACGAAAGUUUCAUCAGUACCUUUAUGGUAACAAGUUUGUUCUAAUCACUGACCAUCGCCCGUUGACCUCCAUCCUGAGUCCAUCGAAAAGUACACCAUCAAUGGCUGCAGCUCGAAUGCAGCGUUGGGCGCUCCUCCUGGCAGCUCAUGAUUACACCAUUCAAUACCGAAAAGGUGCCUUACAUGCAAAUGCCGAUGGGCUGUCACGACUGCCACUCCCCUACACGCAUAAAGAGAAGCAAGGCGCAGUGGAGGUAUUUUACACAUCUCAGUUAGAAAACUUACCAGUCAGUAGCACCGAGAUCAAAGGAAACACCUUGACUGACCCUAUCUUGGCUCAGGUCCUAGAAAUGGUCUCAACUGGUCGUUUUCCAGCUGCUAAGGAUGCAGGUGAAGAGCUGUCACCCUAUCUGCAGCGCCGGCAUGAGCUCACAACCCAACAGGGAUGCCUCAUGUGGGGUGGGAGAGUUAUCGUACCACCUAAACUGCGCCCUCGAGUUCUGGAAGAGCUCCAUUCAUCACAUCCAGGUGUAGUGAGGAUGAAAAGCCUGGCACGCAGCUAUGUAUGGUGGCCCGGUAUAGACACUCAAUUGGAACUACAGGUCAAAUCUUGCCAAUCCUGUCAGAGCGUACAAAAAGAGCCUGGACUAGCACCGUUACACUCUUGGAUGUGGCCCUCCAGUCCUUGGGAAAGGAUACAUGUGGACUUUGCAGGUCCAUUUGAAGGACAUAUGUUCUUGGUCGUGGUGGAUGCACAUUCAAAGUGGCCAGAGGUGCAUAUCAUGAAGAGCACCACUGCCUGUAUGACCAUUCAAGUGCUCAGGGGAAUGUUUAGUCGCUAUGGCAUUCCACACAUCCUGGUGAGUGACAACGGACCGCAGUUCUGUGCGGAAGAAUUCAGUACAUUCCUGAAAAACAAUGGAGUCAAACACAUCCGCUCAGCGCCAUACCAUCCAGCCACCAAUGGCCUGGCCGAACGAUUCGUGCAGACUUUCAAACAUGCUUUGAAGGCAUCAAAAGGCUCAGCACAGGUGCGUCAGCGACUUGAGGCGUUCCUAUUAACAUACAGAAACACCCCUCACGCAACAACGAAAGAAACACCGGCAAUGUUGUUUCUUGGACGCAGGCUGCGCUCUCGAUUGGAUUGUUUAAAACCAAGUGUGGCUGGAGCUGUACACAGGUCACAGGAUGCCCAACAACAACGGCGCCAGCAUCACGCUAAAGACAGACAGUUUGAGGUAGGAGAGUCAGUUCUUGUGCGUGAUUAUAGAAAGGGGGAGGAAAAGUGGGCACAAGGUGUGGUGAGAGAAAAGACUGGACCGGUGUCGUACAAGGUGAAUGUGGGAUCGCCAGGGGUAUGGAAACGCCAUGUGGACCAGAUGUUGAGACGCCCAGAUUCAGAGCCUCAGCAAACUGCAGUGAAUCAUACUGUAAGCCCACAGGUGUUACUACCUCCUAGUGAUAGUUGCACCACACUGCACUCAAAUACUCCUUUAUUAGAAAAGAAGGAUGUUCAAGUUCCAGAAAUCCAAGAAACAUUAAAAACACACCAGUCCACUGAACCACCAUCAACGGAACAUCCUCAGAUAACCGAGACAGUGAAACGUUAUCCUGUGAGGAUCAAAAGACCACCAGCUCGUUACCGUGAUGAGUGAGCAGUAAUUAGUUAAUAAAGGGUUAAAGCAUAGUUUUGAGUGAGAGACAUAUUCUUUCAACAUAUAAGUUAUACAACCACUGAGAUAUUCCUAAUUUGUUGUUGGAAGUACAAGAGAAAGUGGUAAUUGUACCUUUAGUGUCAUACAUGAAAAGUAUAUUGUUUUGUUUAAACAAAAUGUUGAAUGUUAAUGUUAAUGGCAUUCUAUCUUAGUGGGGAGGAAAUGUUAUGUAUGCAGCUAAAUGUUGUUAUAUAAAGACUGAACCAUUAGGGGGCAUCAGUGUUCUAUUAUUGGUUGAUGUCUGUAUUGAAUAAAGUAGUUGAAGAAGAACUGAACAAAGAAAACAACGUGUGCGUGUUGCUCUAUAUGUA